AUACAGGAGGAGCUCUGACAUCACUGGAGUUCAGAGAGAUUCAGAGAAAGUAAAACUAACUUGAUCAACUACAAUAUGGACGCCUGAAACGAUCAACCUCUUUGAACAACAGAAUAUUUAUUGAGCCGUUCAAAGAGUCUUGUGGACACAUCUGAUCCUCACAGGUCUCCAGGGAAUCAAAUAUACUCCAGAACUCAAAAGCGAUGUCAUCCUCCAGCGGUCCACUGACUGAGGAGCUUCAGUGCUCGAUAUGUCUGGAUGUGUUCACUGAUCCAGUCACCACUUCAUGUGGACACAACUUCUGCAGGACCUGUCUGAAUAAGUGCUGGGACAGCAGCCAGACCUGCAACUGUCCAAAUUGUAAAGAAACAUUCAAGAAAAGACCUGAUCUCAAGAUUAAUACCACACUCCGAGAAGUUGUAGAUCACUAUAAAAAGAAAAGCCCUGAGAAAAAACCUGAAGUUCUGAAAAAAACGGAAGUUCUGUGUGACUUCUGUGAGGAAAGAAAGCUGAAAGCCCUGAAGUCGUGUCUGGUGUGUCAGAGCUCUUACUGUGAAACUCACCUGGAGCCUCAUUUGAAAGUGGCAGGUUUAAAGAAACACAAACUGAUCAAUCCUGUGAGUAAUCUGGAGGACUAUAUAUGUCAGAAACAUGAGAGACCUCUGGAGCUGUUCUGUAGAGAUGAUCAGACAUGUGUGUGUCUGUCCUGUACUGAUGGAGAUCACAAGAGCCACAACACUGUUCCUAUAGAAGAGGAGAGUGAAGAGAAGAAGACUCAACUGAUGAAGACACAGAAAGACAUGCAGCAGAUGAUCCAGGACAGAAUCAAGAAGAUUCAAGAUGUCAAACACUCAGCAGAAGUCAGAAAAAGAAACACAGAUAAGGAGAAAGCAGCCCAUGUCGAGCUCUUCACUGAUCUCAUCCGCUCCAUUGAGAGAUGUCAGACUGAACUGCUGGAGAUGAUGGAGGAGCAGGAGAAAGCAACAGAGAAACAGGAGGAAGUGCUCAUUGAAGAGCUGGAGCAGGAGAUCACUGAGCUAAAGAUGAGAAACACUGAGCUGGAGCAGCUCUCACACACUGAAGAUCAUCUCCACCUCCUACAGAUUUACUCAUCCCUGUGCAGCUCUAGAAACACCAGGAACUGGCCUGAGAUCAGUGUGAAGACGGAUGAGAGUCUGGAGACUCUGAGGAGAGCUCUGACUCAACUGCAGGACACUCUGCUUCAGAAACUCACUCUAAAUGAUCUGAAGAGGAUGCAGCAGUAUGAAGUGGAUGUGAUUCUGGAUCCUGAUACAGCUCAUCCUAAACUAAUCCUGUCUGAUGAUGGAAAACAAGUGAAAGAUGGAGACAUUGAGCAGAAACUCCCAGACAAACCAGAGAGAUUUGGUAGAUAUGCAAAUGUCUUGGGAAAGGAGGGAUUCUCCUCAGGGAGAUUUUAUUUUGAGGUGCAGGUGAAGGGAAAGACUGAUUGGACUUUAGGAGUGGCCAGAGAAUCCAUUGACAGGAAGGGAUUGAUCACACUAAGACCUAGUAAUGGAUUCUGGACUGUGGCUCUGAGGAAUGAGAAUGAAUAUAAAGCCUGUGCUGAUUCUCCUGUCUCUCUGUCUCUGAGAGUGAAGCCGCAGCGGCUCAGUGUGUUUGUGGAUUAUGAGGAGGGUCUGGUCUCCUUUUAUGAUGUGGAGUCCAGCUCUCAUAUCUACUCUUUCACCGGUCAGUCUUUCACUGACAAACUCUAUCCAUUUUUUAGUCCAUUCCUUAAUGUUGGAGGUAAAAACUCAACUCCACUGAUCAUCACACCUGUCAAUUACAGUACAUGAAUGUACACCACUGGUGGAUCCAAAAUGGUCAAUAUUCAUAUUCAUGCAUUUUAUUCAUAUAUUAUGUUAAUCAUUUAUGGCUUAUGAUUUAUCAAUAUUAUUUUUGAUUUCAUAUAUUCAUGUACUUCUACUCUAUAUAUUAAUCCUCAUCAUAUUUUAAAGUAUUUACUCUUUAUUGUACUCCCUUAUGGUUAUUCUUAUUUUAUGUUUAAGAGUAUGUAUGCUUGCUAUAUUCAAUUGUUCUUCAAGUGUUCCAAUGUGACAGGUCAUGUUGACACAUUUGUGGUUAGAUAUUGGAUGCCUGCCAAGUACUGCAGAAGCGAUGUUUCGGAAUCAGUUGCUCAUUUGAACUUAAUAUGUCUGUUAUUAUUUCUGCUGACAUGUAAUAAUGUAAGAUCUGCAAAAUUCCCCUAUAUUUAUUUUCAUCUAUUUUGACACUUGACCAGUCUAUGGCAUAAUGGGUAAAUCCAUUUGACCUUUUCUGAUUAGAACAAAACAAAGUUUGAGUAAAUUUCCCUAUUCUUAUAUAAAAUGGACUGAGUCGUUGAUAGCGGGGCUUUUUCUCCUUUGCUCUUUCCUUUGCUCUCCCUUGCUCUUCUGCUUCAUCUCUCCUAUCUGCAAAUGUCUUAAUUAUUGUUCCUUCUUUCUGUAUAUUCUGAUCUUCAUCUAUUAGAUACAAUACUCUGAAUUUUACAAUACUCUAAAAUUGUAUUAUUAACUAUUAAUUACUUCUU